GGCAGGGGGCGGACAAAAAAAAAAAAAGUCACAUCCUACCGGCGAAGGGAGUAGUGGGGGCGGCGCGGCUAUGUCCUCCCCGAGGCCGGCCAGGUGCGGCGCUCGCCCCCUCCCCCACCCCCCGACUGGCGCAGUUCGCAGUUGGGGCAAAAAUGUUAUCUUUAAAAGCACUCUGAUGCAAAUAUGAAGAGAAACAAGAAAUGUAAUCUCUGAAUGUCAAUAUAUUCUGGUUGAGAGAGAAAGCAGGACUCCCCCCCCCCCAAAAAAAAAACAAAUCCUUAUGGUGAAGCUGGAAAUAUUUGGGAAGAUGGGGGUCCUUGUUUUCCUUCUGAUCUGGAGUUUGAGCUUAAACUUGACAUAUGGACACAGUUUGUUCACAUGUGAGCCUAUUAUUAUCCCAAGAUGUUCUGGAAUGACUUACAAUAUGACAUUUUUUCCUAAUAUGAUGGGACAUUAUGAUCAGGACACUGCAGCUUCCCACUUGAAGCUCUUUCUUCCUCUUCUAAAUCUUCAGUGCUCCCCAGACGUCCAUGCAUUUCUGUGCAAAGCCUUUGUGCCUGCUUGCUUUGAACAAACACGUGUUGUACAUCCUUGCCGGAGCCUUUGUGCAAGAGUGUACGAGGACUGUAAAAAGGUGAUAGACAUGUUUGAAAUUGGAUGGCCUAAGGAACUUGAAUGUAGCAGAUUGGAGGACUGUGAUGAAACUGCUGCUGUCACUGCUUCUAUUACUACAAGAACCCAGGACACAUGGAAGAUCCCAGGGCAGCCCAGAAGGGACUAUGGAUUUUGGUGUCCACGUCAUUUGCAGACAUCCAGUGGACAAGGCUAUAGGUUUUUAGGCAUUGAGCAGUGUGCACCCCCUUGCCCCAACAUGUACUUCAACAAUCAUGAGCUAGAAGUUGCCAAAAGCUUUAUUGGCAUUGUUUCAAUUUUUUGCCUUUGUGCCACUCUGUUUACAUUCCUAACAUUUUUGAUAGAUGUUAAAAGGUUCAGGUAUCCAGAGAGGCCAAUUAUAUACUACUCUGUUUGUUAUAGUAUAGUGUCUCUCGUUUACUUCCUCGGAUUUGUCCUAGGAAACAAAACAGCCUGUAAUAAGAGCGAUGAAAAACUACAGCUUGGUGAAACAGUUGUUCUUGGUUCUCAGAACAAAGGUUGCACCCUUGUCUUCAUGGCUUUGUAUUUUUUCACAAUGGCCGGAACUGUCUGGUGGGUGAUCCUCACAGUCACUUGGUUCCUUGCUGCUGGAAGAAAAUGGAGCUGUGAAGCUAUUGAACAAAAAGCCAUGUGGUUCCACGCAGUUGCCUGGGGCAUGCCGGGGUUUCUCACAGUGAUGCUCCUUGCCAUGAACAAAGUGGAAGGCGACAAUGUUAGUGGCGUCUGUUUUGUUGGCCUCUACGACUUAGCUACAUCUCGAUAUUUUGUUCUUCUGCCUUUGUGCAUUUGUGUCUUUGUCGGUUUAUCUCUCCUUUUAGCGGGUAUAAUUUCUCUAAAUCAUGUGCGCCAAGUCAUACAAAAUGAUGGCAGGAAUCAAGAGAAGUUGAAAAAAUUCAUGAUUCGAAUCGGCGUCUUCAGCGGCUUAUACCUCGUACCUCUAGCGAUACUUUUGGGCUGUUACAUCUAUGAGCAGGUGUAUAGGAAGAUCUGGGAAACCACUUGGGUUUAUGACCACUGUGAUCAAUUCCAUAUACCCUGUCCUUAUCAGGUCCAAACAUUAGCUAGACCGGAAAUAACUUUGUUUCUAAUGAAGUACCUGAUGACUUUAAUUGUUGGCAUCUCUCCAGUCUUCUGGAUAGGAAGUAAGAAGACCUGUUCAGAAUGGGCAAGUUUCUUCAAUAGAAAUCGCAAAAGAGAUCCAAUCAGUGAAAGUCGGAGAGUGUUGCAAGAAUCAUGUGAAUUUUUCUUAAAACACAACACUAAAGCAAAGCACAAAAAGAAACACUACAAAUCCAGUUCUCACAAACUGAAAGUGAUUUCAAAAUCAAUGGGGACUAGCACGGGUGCUACAAGCAAUCAUGGGACUUCCGGAGUGGCCAUUGCUAACCAUGAUUACUUAAGCCAUGAAGCUUUAACUGAGAUCAAAAGUUGUCUGGAAGCAUCUGAGAGAGAGAUGGAAGCAGAUGUCGUACGUAGUCAGAGGGUGGAGGAAGAAGAGUUUCCUCAUAGUGAACAAAGCAUGUUACAAAUGCGAUCCAGCCCUACAGUGCCUGUGCAAGAACAAGAGAGCAAAGCAGACAACAAGCAAGAUAUUGCCAGUUUAUCUGAAAGCAUGAAGAGAGCAGCUGAAGAACGGACAACUGCUAAAAAUGACAUUACUGAAACUCUUCCACUCCAACUUGGUCAUUCACAUCUCGGUGUUUCCCAACUUGGCAGUACCAAGGGAUCAGGAUUGCUGUUUGCCCACUCAUCUUCAGAGUCAAGGAAAGCUCACGAGUCUGGUCAUAGCUCAAAUGGUUGAGAAGAUGAACAAAUAUCGAUUUGUCCACACUGGCUUGGAAUUUUCACCCUUGAAGUCUAGGACCUCUGAGGAGCACCAGGUUAGGAAAAAAAUAUGUUUCAUGAAUAAUUUGAGGUCAAGAAAUAACUCCAUUCUGGGUUAAUACUGAACAUGAGACAUGCAUUAUGUCUUGUAAAUAAGCACACAAACACCUGAGAAAAAAUAAAAUAAUAUUGUGGAGAGACGCUGCGCACUUAUUCCUUCUAUGGAAUUUGUUACCAAAAAUAAAAGAAGAAAGGGGCAAAUGUGUAAUUUGCUUUGUGUUAAACUCUGGUGAAAUAAUAAAUGGAAAGAUUUUAUAUUCUGAAGAAUAUUGAAGAAAAAACUUAAUUGCCUUAAGAUUUUUUUAGUAGUGCUAUUUAUGCUUUAAAACGGAGUAUGAACUGCUAACCUCUCAAAUGUUGUAGUCUGUCUCCAUAAACCUCAACUCCAAUUGCCAGUGAUUAAGGAUGAUGCAAUUCAUAAUACAAGAACAUUUGUUUAUCCCUCUGUUCUUCAUCUUAGGAAUUAAAUUAACAUGAAUUGCUGUUCAUACAAUAAUAAAUUAUACAGAGUUUGUAGGAGGUGAAGUACUGGAUGCAUCCUAACAGAAUAAAAGGACAUUUCUUCAGUAAUCUCUGAAGAUCACUGAAAAAAAGUUCAGGUAACUAACAACUGGGACUUUCUCAAUGGAAACUAGAACUGAGUCUGUCUCUUCCUCCCAUCAACUAUCUCUGGCCUUUUAGUCUUAGAUCUUUCUUACUAUAAUUGGGCAAGGUCAUGUCUUGUACAGGUAGUCUUCAACUUAUGGACUACAAUUGAGCCCAAAAUUUCUGUUGCUAAACAAGACAGUUGUUAAGUGAAUUUUGCCCCAUUAUACAACUUUUCUUGCCAUAGUUGUUAAGUUAGUAACAUGGUUGUUAAGUGAAUCUGGCUUCUCCAUUGAUUUUGCUUGUCAGAAGGUUGCAAAAGAUGAUCACAUGACCCUGGAACGGCUGAAAUUCAGCCUGUUCCUACCAGAUCGCGCGAUACGGUAGGGCCGACUGCAUGAAGCCCUACCCAUACACGCGGAUGUCAUGACGUCCCUUUUUUGCAUCAGUUGUUAGCCUCUGCGCAUGCGCAGAAUGCUUUCUGCAUGCGCGAACGAUGCGCACAUUUGCGAACCGGUAGGGAAGGUAAGUGAAUUUCACCCCUGCCCCGGAACUACAAUCAUCAUACCAGUUGCCAAUCAUUUAAAUUUCGAUCAAGUGACCACAGGGUCAAUAAUUGUGUCAAAAAUGGUAAUAAGUCACUUUUUUCAAUGCCAUUGUAACUUCAAACCGUCACUAAACGAGUGGUUGAACAUCAAGGACUACUUGUAUUAAAUCCUAAAAUUCCUGCUGAUUAAAUGGUCAGAAGGAUAUUAAGGCUGGAUGAGUGCAAAACAUUUCAAACUUGAAACAUGCCUUUUUUGAGUUCCAAUUCCAAACAGGUUUGUAUUUGAAAUGUUUCCAGAAUGGUCAAAAAUUUGAGUUUCACCCUCAAAAUGUUUUGCACUCCUCUGCUGGAGAACCUGUUUCCUCCACAUCAAACUUUUGAUGUUUGAAUUAAAAGUCUUAUGGAGAAAGUCUUGUUGGGCGAAAGGUCAAGGAUGCUCAAGACUCAUAAGUGCAGACACUUCAGUUAUAUUGGGAUUUUCUUUGAAUCAGUUAUUAUUUUAUAAUCCUCAGCUUGCAGAUUUGAGCCAUUGGUAAUACAUUAUAGCAGGUUAUACACUGAAAUGGGAAAGGAAAUUGGAAUCAAAAGUAAUUUAAAUCAGCUACUUUUGUACAGCAUUAGAAUGUCAUGUUGGUUAUCUUCUACGUUAUAGAAUGCUUAAUAUCUAGAUACCACCCACAAGUCCUUCAGGGUUUUUGCUUGCACAGAGUUGCAGGGGUGGGAAAGAGAGGACAGGAAUAAAUCACUGUUGUGGAAUUUUUGGACUAUAGUUGAAUAUUUAGGGUGCUGCUGCCUUUCAGUCUUGAAUAUUAUUUGACAUUAAUAUAUAAAUUGUCUUUAAUAUUUUGUAACAUGUUGCCUACUGAAUUUUGAACAAGGUUUGCACCCAUUUAUGUGCUAUUUUGGUUUUCCCUGAUAAAGGGUAUUGUUUUAAUAAGGAUGUAAGAUUUAUUUCUCACGGACUAGCACUACUAUUGUUUUUGGGUUGUAUUGUUAUCUCUGUAAUGCCUGCAUAAAUGUGACAUUGUACCACAUUCCUUUUUUU